AUGUCGGACUCUCUCAGGGUUAACAUCACCAUCACUCCUACGCCCGGACCUGGGCUGCCAUGGUGUGAGGCUAAAGUUGAGGUGCAGGGGGAGCCCUGUUUUUCCUAUGACUGCCGGAGCCACAAGGUCACACCGAUCUGUGUUCGGGGGAAGAAGGUGGAGGCUCCACUCAGGGAGGACCUGAGAGAAAUUCUGAAAGACCUGACGGAAAACUUCAAGAAGAAGCUUCUUGACAUUAAACACGAGGAUCCCCGAGGCAGUGCGCCCCUCUCCCUGCAGGCCACGCUGGAGAUCCAGGAGGAGGCCGGGGGGCGCCGCCGAGGGUCCUGGCAGCUCGUCUUCAGUGGACGCGUCUCCCUGCGCCUCGACGUGGAGACCAGAGCCUGGACGGCGGAUUCUGGAGACAGGUGGAUGCUGGAGAAGUGGAAGGAUGACACAGACAUGAACGAGUUUCUCUGGAGGACGUCCCUUGGAGACUGGAAGACGUGGCUUCAGAAAGUUGCAGCGCACUGGGGGCCCCCGGGGACUACAGCACCUCUGUUCCCUCCACGGCCUGUUUGCUGA